AUGACCGCUCAGUUCCCUCUUACCUACCCUCCAACCUGCCCACAAUGCGACCAGCUUGCUACCCGCGCUAGAGUAGAUGCAGGCAAGCGCAGCAACACUGCCAACCGUCCCUACUACUACUGUCAGUCUGGUCACAAGCGACAGUUUGUUACCUGGGACGACAUGGAGGGCAUCUCAUCCCACAACCCCCGAUGCCGAUGUGGCUACCACAGUCGACGAAACCAAGGCAAUGGACCUAUUCCAAGUAAAUGGUUCGCCUGUGCUUCCAAGACAUGCUCCUUCAGUCAGAACAUUGAGACAGAUGACGAGCCUGUCUAUACUCGAAGCCCCCAGAGGUCUCAGGGAAGCACUAUGUCUUCCACAGUCGCUGCAUCGAGCUGCCGCGAUCAUGACCGAAAGAGGUCGCCAUCAAUGGAGGAUGCCAACCUUCAUGAGAUUAUUCAGAACAUGAGCAUCAAGGCUUGGCGAUCAGCCGACUUAACUCCCGAGCAACUUGAAGCCUUAUACGAGCCCAUCCUUCUGGAGGAUGCCUUGCACAAGGCCGCAACAUUUCCUACUUAUCCACACGAGAGCGACAACCAGUCGGCCGGAAGGUACCAAGCGGACAUGGAGGACCUCGAAGCAUUCCGAUUUUAUGUCAAUAAACUCGCCCAGGUUUGCGACAAUGAGCGUGGUGGGGAUACAGUCAGCGCGAUCGCAAUACUUCGAGGCUCUACUGGCCCCAACUAUGUAAUUGGUUCCAACUUCAGAGAUCCAGAAGACCUACAGAUGACAAAGGAUUUCAUGCAAGCGUUGUUAGAUCUUAUGGGCAAGAACCCGGACAGAUUGCAACCCAAAGCGUUAAGAAGCCGCGUGCUUUGGUUCAUACUAUCCUUCAACAUUCCACGACUGCAAGAGUACCUGCAACAUCUGAGUCAAGCAGUGCAGGAAUGCCGAGAGAGUUGUGAAAGAAAGGAAGAAGACGAAAAUUCUGAACCUUUUAAGACCCUUAUAUGCUUGGCAGACAAAUGCGAUUUCAAACUAGAUAUCUCAAAGUCCAACGAAGAGGAUAAAUCAAUCAGCAACUGUGAAACAAUGAUCAAGGCCAUUCACACCCUAGAUCAAACAGAGAUCUCACAGAGAGCCAAGGAUGCAGAAAUGACAAGGAGCGAGCCAUGGUGCAAACUCCGACACUACCUUGGACGCUGGCUUUCCUACCGCAAGGCGGCUGAAGGUAUUGUUACAGUUUCUGAAAGAUGGCCCGAUCUGUUCUUGGAUUUUGAGAUUACCAUGGUGCCAUCUGCUUCACGGCUCCAGAAGCCGAAUUUACCAUCCGGCCUUACGAGUUCGAUCAUCAUUCAACACGUAGUUGCAGAAGACAAAAGCCAAGAUCCAGACCUCAAUCAACUAGCUGAUGGUCUGGAACAAAUGGGAAUCGACGAGAUUAUCCAGACAUCUCAACAAUCCAGAAAGUUUAGACCAAGGCUACAUGCGGAAAGUCUAGUGUACGAGUACCUUUCAACAAACGGACAAACAGCUGUAGAAUACUACUGGAAUCGCUGGAGUUACAUCGGCAGUAGUAAGCCUACGUGUCGCCUAUGCCACUACUACUUUGAAGCCCUCCAGGACGACAAGCCGGCUAUUCGCUCGUCUCACUAUAACCUCUAUCGGAACUGGCGGCUUCCCGAGCAUCACGAUGCACAAACUCGAGAUGAGAUUCUGGAUAAGAUUGUUCAGAGGCUAAGGGCAGAUGUGAUAAAGACGUUGAAGGAAAAGAAGCUAAGGCGGAAAGCAAAAGACUCCAACACUUAUUCGUCUUUCCCCGAGGACCUGCGGAUGAAGGACCAUACUCCAGGGUCUACAGAGAGUGACGAUCGACGAUCAUCUGGUUCGACAGACUCGCGAGAGGCAAGCGAUGGGGAAUCGGAAGCCGUAACUAGUCCCACAGACUGA